UUUUAGCGAACCACCAUGAAGCACAUCCUAAGAAUACCACGAAUAUGUCAACGUCCAAAAUCUUGUAGAGCAAAUUCAAGGAAAGACUCGGAUAUUCCGGAAGGUGUGCUUAUAGGCUUCGGCAAUCCUCUGCUGGAUAUAACCACGACCGUGCGGGAUAAUGUCAUAUUGCAGAAAUAUGGUUUGGCCGAAAAUGCCGCAAUUAUUGCCCAGGAAAGACACAUUCCGCUCUUUGACGAGUUGUCCAAAAUGAAGGAUGUAACAUACUCGGCGGGCGGGUCUUGUCAGAAUUCUAUUCGGGUCUUUCAGUGGAUCGUGACCAAACCGUUUUGUGCGUAUUUCAUUGGGGCCGUUGGCAAGGAUAAGUUCGGAGAGACCAUGGCAAAGAGAGCCAUCUCCGAUGGGGUUCAAGCCAUUUAUCAAACAAAUGACAAAGCUCCGACCGGCACCUGUGCGGUCAUCGUCAAUGGCUUGAACCGCUCUCUGGUGGCCAACUUGGGUGCAUCAGCCUUUUUCUCAGAGACCUGGUUGAACGACAAGUAUCUUAUGUGCGUCGUGAAUCGCGCCAAGUAUUUUUACACGACGGGUUUCUUUGUGGCAGUCAGCUCUGGAACUGUCCUCAAGGUUGCCAAGAUAUCUUCUAGCAGCUAUCGCACUUUUGUACUUAAUUUUAGUGCCGUUUUUGUGCUGACCACGCAAAAAGCGCAGCUGGACGAGAUUUUGCCCUACACAGACAUCAUUAUUGGAAAUAAAGAGGAAGUCCUAGCAUUUGCCGAUACUCACGAUUGGAAAACCUCUGACACAUUUGAGAUCGGUAAAAGACUACAGUGUCUGCCCAAGGAUAAUAAGCGACCCCGCAUUGUUAUGAUCACUGACUCUGAAUGUCCCGUGUUAUGCUUCCAGAAGAACGGAGAGAUACUGGCGUAUCCUGUGCCUAAGGUUGAUAAGAGCGUCAUCGUGGACACCAAUGGCUGUGGAGAUGCUUUUGUCGGUGGCUUUCUCUCCCAAUUAGUACAGGAUAUGCCCCUCGAUUACUGCAUCCGAACGGGAAUCUUUGCCUCCCAGCAGGUACUACGAAUUGUGGGUGUUCAAAUCGAUAAACUUCCUAAAUUCAAAGAGAUUUGCUUCUAAAUUUUAAUUUAUUAAUC